AUGGUUGAGAAGAGAUUGGCAGAACAAGACGAAGUUGAGACCUGCUUUUUGAAAAAAGCCAAUACGACUUUCACUAAAGAAGAUAUCAGACUGUUUUUCAAUGAGCAGAUCUGGCGACUGGAGUUUCAAGAUAAGGUGCAAAAGCUGAUUGCCAAUAGUGGUCCUUAUAAUUGGGGCACCAUCAAGGAACUUAUGGACGACACUUUGCUUCGACAAGUUCGUAAAGAGGUGUUAUCGGAAAUUGCAUUUACCAAGAAGGAGACUGAUAUUUACAAAGUGUACCAGCUGGGAGACUUGGCGAAUUUGUCAGGCUUGGAUUGGGAUGAUUUGUCUAGAUUGCCCUCGCUACAUAAGCUAAGGGCUGCCAUCUACUCACAAGAGUUUAGAGACGUGAUAUCAAAAGUCACAGGAUGCGGAAAAUUGAGCGGUUUGAAAACGGAUAUGUCCAUCAAUUCGUAUACAAAGGGGUGCCAUUUAUUGACUCAUGAUGAUGUCAUUGGCAGUAGAAGAGUUAGCUUUAUAUUGUAUUUACCAGAACCAGACAAAGUUUGGAAGCCUGAAUAUGGAGGUGCUUUACGCUUGUUUCCGUCAGUGGUACCGAAUGUGCCUCACACAGACUAUGAAUGUAAAUUGGUACCUCAGUUUAAUCAAAUUGCAUUUUUCACAGUUCAGCCUGGCUUGAGUUUCCACGAUGUUGAGGAGGUGAGAGUGGAUAAACACAGAUUGUCGAUACAAGGAUGGUUCCAUAUUCCUCAAAAAGGUGAAGAUGGUUUUAUUGAAGGCGAACAGGAAAAAACAGAGUCGAUGUCAACUUUGAAUCAAUUGCAAAGUAAAGAAUUACAAGAGUUUGACGCUCCAAAGUGCACUAGAAAAGAUUUACCAAGGGAGGAAUUGAGUAUGCUCGAGCCUUCAAAGCCGCUCACAGAAGCAGAAACUCAAUUUUUGAAAAAAUAUCUCAACCCUAUUUUCUUAGAGCAAGAAGUCUAUAAGAAAUUAGCAGACCGUUUUAUCAAAGAAUCGUAUCUUGAGGUACAGAGCAUUUUGAAUGACAGUUUUGCUAGCACAUUGAAAGAGUCUCUUAGAGACGUGGAGAUUAACGAACCAACUCCACAACGUUCUACAGACGUUAAAGCUCCAUGGAAAAUUGCUGUACCUCCACAUAAGCAAAGAUUCAUGUACAUAGAGCACACAUCUAAUGAUGUUAAUAAUAAUAACAACAACAACAACACUGUUGAGAAAUCUCCUGCUUCAAUUGCCGACUCAAAACUUUGUGAAUUAGCAAAGUUUCUUGCUUCAGUCGAGUUCAAAAGGUGGCUCAGGAUUGUUACCGACCUCAUCCCGACAUCGGAAAAUGUAUUGGUAAGAAGGUUUAGACCAGGAAAUGACUUUAUUCUCGCAACAACGACCGAACCUCAAGUGGCUCGUAGCCCUGAAGAGGAGAAUGUAUUAUUAGAAGCUACUUUGAAUUUAACUCCUACAGCCAGUAAUCCUAAAAACUGGGAAUCAGGAGAAUUUGGUGGCUAUGAGUUGUGCAUGGUGCAACCAAGUAGUGACGAUGGAUUGGAACAAGAUGACCCUGCAAUUUACAGGUCCAAUAAGGAAGGCGAUGAAGACAGUGUGUUGCAUACCAACCAGUGUAAAUGGAACUCGCUCAUUUUGAUGGUGAGAGACCCAUCAGUUUUGAAGUUCAUCAAGUAUGUUAGUAUCAAUGCAAAAGGCUCCAGGUGGGAUAUCGACUGUCUGUGGAACGUAAGAAGUAUGGGCGAUGAAGAGGAUGAUUAA